GGUAAUCCACGACAGGCUUUUGUACGGAAAAUGUCUAAAGAAGAAAAAUCAGAAAAAAGAUCGAAAAGGGCAAUAAGAAAGGAAGCAAGUGAGCAUAAAAGAAUAAAGCAAGAUGCGAUGAUAAAGGAGUCGAAGUUGAGCGCCAGUCUGUUUUAUGCUGAGGAAGCAGAAGUUGAUACUCGCUCUCCGGAGAAAGAUGUGGAGAUUUUCAAAUCUACUUGUGCAGACAUUCGACAAACAAUGCUUGAUAUAAAAGCACUUAAAGAUAAGAAAGCAUCACAUGAUGAAAUAGACGACAAAAGAGUCAGUGUAACGUUAGACUUCAUCAAUCUCAAGAAACUGAAUCGACUUGCUCACGUCCGCUGUAAAAAAGUGAGGGAAAAUACCAAUGAGGCUAAACAGAGAAUUGACCAGUACCAUCUGCAGUUACAGAACCUCCUGUAUGAAAUCAUGCACUUAGAGAAGGAGAUCACUAAGUGUUUAGAGUUCAAGUCAAAAGAUGAGGAAAUAGAACUGGUUUCUUUGGAAGAAUUUUAUAAAACUGCCCCAGCUGACAUAUCACAUCCUGAGACAACUAAAACUGAUCAACAUCAACAGAGAUUGGCCAGACUUGACUGGGAGCUGGAGCAGAGAAAACAACUUGCAAAGAAAUUAAAAGAUUCAAAACAAAGUAAAGAAGGUCUGGCUCAUGAAAUAAAGAGCAAACAGGAGUAUCUGGAAAAUUUACAACCCAAACUGAAAACAGUCUUAGAGUCAACCAAGCCAGUGCAGGAGUACUUGGACAUGCCGUUUGACCAGAUCCGAGAGGAACAGGAAACAGCCCGACAUCUGCCACCCCCGCUUUACGUCCUGUACAUGCAGACCUCGGCUUACAGACAAGCUUGUGACAAAGAUCUUCAGGUCAGCAUCAUUGGAGAUUUAGAGGCCGCUAAAACAAACAAGUCCAGAUCCCAGGUUGUAGAGGAGGAGAGUGACAGUGACCAGGAGGAACAAGAGCAUGCCAAGAAAUCAAAAAGAAGAAGGAAGACACAGGAUAGUCGCGUGGAGGAACGCAAGCAGAAAGCUCUGAGAAAGCACCCUCUGGCGGUCAAACUGGACAUCAACUGUAAAGAUGGGAACAGUUUACACUUGACCUUUCACUUUCUGUUGACCAUGAGAAUCAUCACUGUCGAUAUCAACCUGACUCUGGCUGAGAAUAACGUGACUUCCAUCUCCGGGAGUGUUUCAGUAGAAUUUGUCUUUUCUUCAAGUGAUCUUUUGGCACCAAAGUCCAUUCUAACUGAUCUUUACCCUGGUGACCAUGGCAACACCUCCCCUAACCCAGCCAAUCAGUAUGAGCUACGCAAGUUAGGACUGAAGGAUUUCUCGAGCUACAUCUCAGAUGUAGGUCGGCCAUACUUGUGGGCUCAGUGGUUAGGAGGUCUACAGUUUCUGGAAAACAAUGCAGUCAACACCCCAGAGGAGGACAUCAGCUUCUCUCACAUGCAGGAGACGAUUAGACGACUGAAACGACGAGUUCGAUCCAGACUCUGUCUGAUGAAGCAAACAGCAGCAUUUGAAACUGGAAAUGUGGUGGUGGAUCCGGAAUAUCAAGGCCUGUUUCCUAGUAAGAUCGUGUCUCGGUUGACAUCCUGGAAGAGGACGACAUACGAGGACUUUGCGGCGCUGCCGUACACCGAGGCCCUGGUGACAGACGGGGUGGUGGAGGAGUCAGACAUUUUCUUCACAGCUGUCGUUGACAGGGGAUCUGCUAAGAUGACAGCCCAGGUGGUGAUGACCCACGACUACCCUAAGGUGGCCCCACUGUUUACUGUGUCAGUGUUAUGGCAGCAUGAGAGAACAGCAAUGACUGAUGAACACAUCAAAGAAAUGGAAGAAGAAGUGAACGUUCACCACGAGGAGCUGAUGAAGACUAAGUCAUGUGACACAAUUCUGUCCAAUCAGAUGCAGCGACUGUUGAUGUGUUUAGACAUCUAUCUGGAGACAGAAGCCUCAGGGUCAGAGGAGGAGGGCCCCAGGGAAAUCUCCAAGGAGAAGAUCUACAACAGGAUGCUCAGAGGACCCAGUAGAAGCAAGCCCUACAGAUACUGCCCAGACAUAGGAAUCUUUACACACAGAUGAAGUCUAAUACAAACCUAGGCUACUCUUUCAUUUUGUUCCACGGGAAAUCAAUGUAUUCUCUCUUCAUAAAAUGACACUGAGGAAAUGAUUAUUUCUGAUUCUGUUGUGUUAAUGUUAGCAGUAUCAUGUUACGUAUCAAAAUUUAAAGAUUGAAAACAAUUCGAACAGAACAAGUUUCGCCAUUGCAUUUACAAAACAUGAAAGAUAAAUCUUAUCUGUAAUAAAGAAAGUGAAAAAUAAAAAUUUGGAAUAUUGGCAAUGCCCCAAUAGUUAGAUACUUUUAGUGAAUCAUAUACUAGAACAUGUAUUGGAAGAAUGUUUACAUUGUGUUUUAUUUUCAAUUGAAUACAAAUAAAUUGGCACAUUUCAAUGAUA